UGUGGUUUUAGUGGUUAUUCCUCGUCCCGGAUCAUGUUGUAGGUCGCUGUCGGACUUACUGAUCACUGCACCCGCUGCCAUUCUGCUCUCGAGCGUUUGUAAGCGUCCCCGCUCAAUGCGCUUGCGAGUAUGGACACGAAGGGCUGCCAUUUGACGCUUGCAAGGUAUCUGGACGAUGCUCAUUGCGCAUGCACGCGCUUCGCAGAUCAUCCAUCUCUAUUCCUAUAAACCAACUGGGCAGCCAAUUGGUUGGUUUGGUGAAGAGGGCUCUCAAUGGGUAACAUUGUGAUUAGACCGCAGGAUUCCAUAGAACUUUACAAUUUGUUGCCCCAGGUCAUGAUGAGCUGCGAGAUGUGAUGUGUGUGCACAAGCCUUCUCUCCAGUGUUUUUUUGUCAAAACUCUCAUCGACUUUUUGAUUGUGAACAAUCCUUGGUAUCAGCAAUGCAGAGUCAAAUAUAUGAAUGACUUGUUCAAUAUGUGUGAUGGUGAUGUGGAUACUGGUGUUCCGCGAGUGUUGGAGAUAUGUCGUAAAGAAGCGAGGCCAUCGUUUCACGUCGAGUAACAACGAUUCAACCUUGGCUGUCGGCAAUUUGGUGUGCCUUUCGACGGCCCAUCGAUGUCGACAGUAUCUCAAGAUCUCAACAAGAACAACAGGCGAGUGGCAAAGUGUAUGUCCCGCUUUGACGGACCCUACAAAGUGGUGUCAACCAACUGUGUAUAUGUGAAAGGUGCCGGUUCCAGUUGGGUUCCAGAGUGCCCGGAAGGAGCCGGCACCACACGUCCAGCUGAGCGAGAGUGUUCGGCUCUUCGUUGUUUCUUCUCUGUUCCACACGUCCUAGUCGCUCGUACCUACAGUCUCCUCGCUCGUUUCUCGUAUUUUCGCCCACCCUCCACUCCCAUUAUCGUCACAACUAUAAUCAUAUUCAUGUCAUAUUGGAUUAUAUCUCGAAUACCCGUACAUGCAUACCUGUCAUCGUAUCUAGCUAUCUUAUCGCAUAUAAUGGUCAUCCGACAGUCCGCCUGUCGAGUUUGUUUCCCGCCCACCCGGCGGCAAUCUCGUCAGCGUCCAACGCUCGGCACGAAGCUGGAUAUCUCUUACACUCUAGAUCUACCUGAACAUACUAGCAUGAGGAUUAGCCGACAACCAUCACAAGGGUCCUGGGAUGCCCGGAGGACCGUGGUAUGGC